UUCUGCCGGCCCCAGGAUGGCCCUGAGCGCCAGUGGCUCAGCUGAGGGGCUUGAGGGGUGGCAGAGGGCAUAAAAGGUUCUUGGGGGGAGAACUUUCCCCUGUCCCAAGCAGAUCUGGAUGGGGGGCCUUGGUCACCAUGGAUGGGGUACUGUACAAAUGGACCAACUAUCUGAGCGGCUGGCAGCCCCGAUGGUUCCUCCUUGGAGGAGGGGUGUUGUCCUAUUAUGACUCACGGGAAGAUGCUUGGAAAGGCUGCAAAGGAAGUAUCCAGAUGGCAGUAUGUGAAAUUCAAGUUCAUUCUACAGAUAACACACGGAUGGAUCUGAUUAUCCCUGGAGAACAGUACUUUUACCUGAAAGCCAGAAAUGCGACUGAGAGGCAAAAGUGGUUGGUUGCCCUAGGAACUGCCAAGGCCUGCUUAACUGACAUUAGGACACAGAAGGAGAAAGAGUUCACAGAAAACACUGAAGUAUUGAAAAAAAGAAUGGCAGAACUUAGACUAUAUUGUGAUCUCCUUGUUCAGCAAGUGGAUAAAACUAAGGAAACAGGCCUAUCUGGUAUAUCUGAAUCUGAGAAUGGAAUUGAUAUGGGAGCAUUGUUGAAAUCUACAUGUACCACAUUCCUGAAGACUCUUGAAGAAUGUAUGCAGAUUGCCAAUACAGCCUUCUCUUCCGAACUGUUGUACUGCACGCCAUCCGGGUCUCCACAUUUGGCUGCUCUCAAAUCAAACAAGCUAAAAACUCCUGGCAUACCUAGCCACUCUAUAUCGGAAAGACAGAUGGAACUGAAAAACUGUGAAAAUGGAUCUAUAUAUGCAAACCCUAACCUUCACGAUCAAACCCUGCUUGAUAACCUGACACCUGUCCUCCAGAAAACGGAUGAGAUAAACUGUGCUGAGGGGAAUUUGACAGAUGGUAUCAGUAAAGAUAACAAGAACCAGCUGCCGCCAAAAGAGGAGAAUAAUGACUGUGAAUCUCUACAGCCUGACGUCAGUUCUGCAGCCCAAUCAACAUCAUUGCAUUUGGCAGAAGGAGAAGACAAGGAUUUUCCGACUUUCUUUAGUGUCAUGAACAAUAGAUUCAGUGAUAUUGACCUUUUUGAGGAUGGAGGCAUACCCACAGAAGAAUUUCUGCAGUCUUGUUAUGCAAUAGUUCCAGUCUUGGACAAACUUGGUCCCACAGUCUUUGCUCCUGUUAAGAUGGACUUUGUAGGAAACAUCAAGAAAAUAAAUCAGAAAUUUAUAACCAACAAAGAUGAGUUCAAUACUCUUCAGAAAAUUGUCCUGCAUGAAGUAAACACUGAAGAAGCCCAAGUUAGAAACUCUGCAACUGAAGCCCUCCUCUGGCUUAAAAGGGGCUUAAAAUUUCUGAAGGAGUUUUUAACAGAACUAAAGAAUGGAGAAAAGAAUAUUCAAACAGCACUCAACAAUGCUUACGGUAGAACAUUACGACAACACCACGGGUGGGUUGUCCGUGGAGUUUUUGCGCUAGCUUUAAGGGCAUCCCCCACCUACGAAUGCUUUGUGGCUGCUCUAUCUGUCAGAGACUGUGAUAAUCAAGAAGAAGUUUUUUAUAGCGGGAUGCAAAGGGACCUCAACAUCUACCUACCAGCCAUGGAAAAACAGCUCGGCAUCUUGGAUGCUCUGUAUGAGGAACAUGGGCUGGAAUCAGAUGAAGUGGUGUGAGCCCCAGCCAAAACAGUGCCUCGCAAAUUCAGGGAUUGUGUUUGUUAACAUAGCUUUUUUCCCCAGAAGGCUAUUUCUGUUUCUUUGUGUUUUUUCUGCACUUGGGAAGGGACAGGACUCAAAGGUUUCCUUUUUUAUACAUUGUUUUUUAAAAAAACAGUUAAUAAUUCUUGUUUGUGUUUAAAUGCAAAGGUGCUAUGUAUUCUGGCAAGGUUAUGCCUGUCCUUACAGGAAGCAUCUUUAGCCAAAUUCAGUGGUGUUUACCGUGCGGCAGACCCUCCGUUGAGACUGAAGA